UAUAGUUUAGUAUAUUACUGUAGAGAGAAGCAGUACAGUUAACGUGUCUGGCGGCAAUAGCAAUAUUGUCUUUCCCAAACACACAAAUUGGUUGCUUAUCAUUUUUUCAUUUCACUCUCUUCCCAAAUAUCACAACAUUCUUCUACUAAUCAUUCUCUCUUUCUCAUACUCAGUGGCAAUAUUGUAAUAAUGGAAAGAAAACAAGGGUUCUUUUCUGCGCUCAAAGACGAAGUCGUUAGAGGACUCUCACCGGCGAGGUCACGUGCCAAAAGUCCCGCGAGAACUCCUUCUCCGAUGUCAGGACUUCUCCGGCGACGGAGAAAGCAUCAAGGUAUUCCGCCUGAGUUGUUCAUGACGAGAUCGGGAAGUUUGAGACCGGUGGAAGCACUUUCGCCGUUGAAGGAAGGUCCCGAUGGAACCACCGACGGUGAUGAUUUUAACAGAGGUGAAGGAAAAUGGGGUCAUUGGAUGAAAGGACAGUUAGCUAGAGCACCUUCGGUUUCUUCUUCUUCUUCUUCUUCAUCGUCAUCUUCUUCAGCUUCGGCAUGCAAAAAAUCCGAUCUGAGAUUGCUUCUUGGUGUGUUGGGUGCACCUCUUGCUCCUGUUCAUGUUUGUACCACUGAUCCUUUUCCUCAUCUAAGCAUCAAAGAUAUCCCCAUUGAAACUUCUUCUGCUCAGUACAUACUGCAGCAGUACAUUGCAGCUUCGGGUGGUUCUAAGCUUCAAAAUUCCAUUAACAAUGCUUAUGCCAUGGGAAAAGUGAGGAUGAUUGCCUCCGAGUUUGAGACAGCCAACAAAGUCACGCGUAACCGGAAUUCCUCAAAAGCUGCUGAGUCUGGUGGAUUUGUCUUGUGGCAGAUGAAUCCGGACAUGUGGUACGUGGAGCUUGCUCUUGGUGGCAGUAAGGUUCAUGCCGGUUGCAAUGGGAAGCUUGUGUGGCGGCACACGCCUUGGCUUGGUGCACAUGCCGCAAAAGGGCCAGUUAGGCCUCUUCGACGUGCGCUUCAGGGUCUUGAUCCAAGAACAACGGCUAGCAUGUUUAUCAAUGCAAGAUGCAUUGGGGAGAAGAAGAUAAACGAAGAGGAUUGUUUUAUCCUCAAGCUUUGUGCAGAUCCGUCGACAUUAAAAGCCAGGAGUGAAGGUCCAGCAGAAAUCAUACGGCAUGUUUUGUUUGGGUACUUUAGUCAGAAAACAGGACUUCUUGUUCACUUAGAAGAUUCCCAUUUGACCCGCAUUCAGAACAACGGAGGCGAUGCAGUUUAUUGGGAGACCACUAUAAAUUCAUUUCUAGACGACUACAGGCCCGUCGAAGGGAUUAUGAUCGCACACUCAGGUCGAUCGGUAGUGACACUUUUCAGGUUUGGGGAAACAGCAAUGAGCCACACUAAAACCAGGAUGGAAGAAGCAUGGACAAUCGAGGAAGUGGCGUUCAAUGUCCCCGGCCUUUCAUUGGACUGUUUCAUUCCUCCGUCUGAGCUAAGAUUUGCUUCGGUUAGUGAAGCUUGUGAGCUUCCUCAAGGUCAUAGGGUGAAGAAUAAGCCUGCUGUGGCAGCAGCUACAUACCAUGCCAAAGUCGCGCAGUUACAAAAAUCGCAUGAAAGCAAUAUGAAUAACAUUAACUGGACGGUGGAUGUUUAGCGAAGAAAAAGUUUCGGAACUAGCCUAGUUGUUGUAGGCUUGUAGCUUAAAUAUUUUUGGUUCACUCAAUGACAAAUUACUGCAGGUAAAAUGGUAAAGAUUGCAGCAGGGUUGUCAAAUUUGUAAAUAGAACUGAUCAGGCACAGAUUCUGAAAAGUGAUUUCUAUAACUCUGGGUUUUUUGGUGGAUGAUUAUGCUUAUGCACAUCAAGGUUUGUUUUUUCCACUUCCUUUCAUAACCUAUGGUGUGAAAUUGAGAAUCUGUUGAUUGUUUUAUAAGCUAUAAUUCCUGUAGGUGUUUUUUCAUAUGUGAAAGCAUUCUACCAUGAUGCUUGAAGAUCAAUUAUAACCUAGAUUUCGUUGCUGCAAAGCUUAGGCUUUGAGUUUCAAGGCACUAAUAUUGAUCUUGAUGGUGGUAAUUCAAGGAAAAUUCUCCAUCUCUGAAGAAACUAAUGAAGAAUAUAUGAAUGUAUUUAAUGCUGGUGUAAGUACUAAGUAGGAGCUAAAUUGUUUCUAGAUCUAGCAUCUUAAUGCUUUUUAAAAGGACACAUAAAUGGACAAUUUGUUACAAUUGUCACAAGCUUGUAACAAAUUAACAAUAUUAUGUAAUGUAAUUGCAACUAUUGUUACAGGUAUUUCAAGAUUUGCUGCAUUGUUAGAA